AUGGCGAGAAAGUAUACGCCGAAGGCCAGUUAUAUGCUAUUAUACAAGACGAAACGGUUCUAUACGCUCUUUCCGGGUUAUUCGUUGCUAAAAGACUUCGGUGAAGGCGGCUACGGUAAUUAUACUAUCGGCGUAGGCUCGUCUAGUUACUCGUUAGCCGAAGUUAACGAAACCCCGCGCUCGAAUAAGCGUAAACGUGUUACCGAAGAUCCCCCCGCCGGUAAAAAUAAAACCUUAAUAACGCUUAACCUCGAGGGCAUCCCUACGCGCUAUAUUACGCGCCUUAGAAGGGCGCUAAUCGCGGCCGCCAAGGAGAAUAUCCUAAUAGGCGACAAUAACGAGGAUCUUCUAGAGGAUAACUAG